AUGCAGGGAGCCUGGCUUCUGGUGCCGCUGCUGCUGGGCCUGAGGCUACAGCUGUCCCACGGUGUCAUCCCAGUGGAGGAGGAGAAUCCAGCCUUCUGGAACCAGAAGGCAGCCCAGGCCCUGGAUGCCGCCAAGAAGCUACAGCCCAUUCAGACCUCAGCCAGGAACCUCAUUAUCUUCCUGGGGGACGGGAUGGGCGUGCCCACAGUGACAGCCACCCGCAUCCUAAAGGGGCAGAGGCAAGGCCAGCUGGGGCCGGAGACGCCCCUGGCCAUGGACCACUUCCCAUACAUGGCUCUGUCCAAGACAUACAACGUGGACAGACAGGUGCCAGACAGCGCCGGCACAGCCACGGCCUACCUGUGUGGGGUCAAGGGCAACUAUGGAACCAUCGGCUUGAGUGCAGCCGCCCGCCUUAGCCAAUGCAACACGACGCGAGGCAACGAGGUCAUCUCUGUGAUGUACCGGGCCAAGAAAGCAGGGAAGUCCGUGGGAGUGGUGACCACCACCACAGUACAGCAUGCCUCGCCAGCUGGCACCUAUGCACACACGGUGAACCGCAACUGGUACUCAGAUGCCAACAUGCCAGCCUCAGCGCUGCAGGAGGGCUGCCAGGACAUCGCCAUGCAGCUCAUCUCCAACAUGGACAUUGACGUGAUCCUCGGAGGGGGCCGCAAGUUCAUGUUUCCCAAGGGCACCCCAGACCCUGAAUACCCAAGUGACACCACCCAAAAUGGAACCAGGCUGGAUGGACGCAACCUGGUGCAGGAGUGGCUGACAAAGCAUCAGGGGGCCCAGUAUGUGUGGAACCGCCAGCAGCUCCUUCAGGCAUCCCAGGACCCCAGAGUGACGCACCUCAUGGGCCUCUUUGAGCCUGAACACUUGAAAUAUGAAAUGGACCGAGACCCAGAGCAGGACCCCUCCCUGAUGGAGAUGACGGAGGUGGCCCUGCGCCUGCUGAGCAGGAACCCCCGCGGCUUCUACCUCUUCGUGGAAGGGGGCCUCAUCGACCAGGGGCACCACGCGGGAAGGGCGUACCAGGCUCUGACCGAGGCCGUCAUGUUCGACUCUGCCAUCGACAAGGCCGGCCAGCUCACCAGCCCGCAGGACACGCUCACCCUCGUCACCGCCGACCACUCCCACGUCUUCUCCUUCGGCGGAUACACGCUGCGGGGCACCUCCAUCUUCGGGUUGGCCCCGUUCAAGGCCGAGGACGGCAAGGCUUACACGUCCAUCCUGUACGGCAACGGCCCCGGCUACGUGCUCAACUCGGGCAACCGACCCGACGUCACCGAGCUUGAGAGCGGCAACCCCACCUACAAGCAGCAGGCGGCGGUGCCCCUGUCGUCGGAGACGCACGGGGGCGAGGACGUGGCGGUGUUCGCGCGCGGCCCGCAGGCGCACCUGGUGCACGGCGUGCAGGAGCAGAACUACCUGGCGCACGUCAUGGCCUUCGCCGCCUGCCUGGAGCCCUACCAGGCCUGCGACCUGGCGCCCCCUGCCGGCCAGAACGGCAGCGUCCUGGACUCGGGCCCUGCAGCUGCCCGUCAGUUGUUAUCCCUCCUGUUGCUGCUGCUGCUGCUGUUGGGGGCGGUCUCUCUGUCCUGACCAUCCGGGUCUGCCGGGCCCCACCCAGGAACGUUGCCGCUGGCUUCUUUCACCAACUGCACAAUGUCCUACACCCCCACCUCCAGAGGGACUCCGCAGGUUGUCAAUCCUGACACCCCCACUUGGACUCUUACCCACAGACCACACGGGGAUAAGUCAGACUCAGACCAGGCAGCUCUGCCCAUCUCGGCCCUGGACCCUCCAUGGGCCGUCAGUAGGGUACCUGCAAGGCUGACACACUGACACCCACAGCCUUCCUGGGCUUGCUCUUGGACUCCAACCUGCUCAAAUCCUAGGAAAGGGGGACCCUCCUGUGCCAAUACCUUGGGGAGGACCAAACUAGGCACCAGGCAUCCUUCCUCCACAGGGCCAGGACUCUGCCACACCCAGUGUGCUGCCUUCCUUGGCUCCAGACUCCAGCACUGGGGUACCAAAGACCCAGACGUGCCUGGAGCCAGGAGAGAUCGCCCCUCGCUGAGCCACCUUCACACCCAAGCCAACUUCAGAUGGGGCCGCGGCACCACGGCUUACAUGGGACGCAUACAUGGGGCAGGUGCUGUGACUCAGCCCCUUGGGGCUCCCCUGCUCCCCAGGUCAAAUCCCCAAGGGAGAUGAAGGAGCAGCCAUUUCUCUGCCUUCCUGGGGCCUCCAUC